GGGAAGUUCCUUGGUGUCUGUCCCAGUACGCGCUGCUACUAGCAGUCGGGCUCGUCCUCCUCCGUGAUCUGCCUCCCAAAGCGGACUGGUGAGGGCUCCACGACCCCAGUGGUAGCUAGGAGGCCUGCAGGCGUUUUCUCCCGGGCUCGGGCAUGCCGGCGGUGCUGGGUUUUGAGGGCAGCGCUAAUAAGAUUGGCGUGGGAGUGGUGCGGGAUGGCAAGGUGCUGGCGAACCCGCGGCGGACUUACGUCACGCCUCCGGGCACAGGAUUCCUUCCAGGUGAUACUGCCAGGCACCACCGAUCGGUUAUCCUGGACCUGCUGCAAGAGGCACUAACGGAAGCUGGAUUAACCUCCCAGGAUAUUGACUGCAUUGCAUACACCAAAGGGCCUGGCAUGGGUGCUCCACUGGUUUCUGUGGCUGUGGUGGCCCGUACUGUGGCCCAGUUGUGGAAUAAGCCAUUGCUGGGUGUUAACCAUUGUAUAGGCCACAUUGAGAUGGGCCGUCUCAUCACUGGAGCCACCAGCCCAACUGUGCUGUAUGUCAGUGGAGGAAAUACACAGGUGAUUGCGUAUUCAGAACGUCGUUACCGCAUCUUUGGGGAAACCAUCGAUAUCGCUGUGGGUAAUUGUCUGGAUCGAUUUGCUCGAGUGCUGAAGAUUUCCAAUGACCCAAGUCCAGGCUACAACAUUGAACAGAUGGCAAAGCGAGGCAAGAAGCUAGUUGAGCUGCCAUACACGGUAAAGGGGAUGGACGUCUCAUUCUCGGGGAUCUUGUCUUUCAUUGAGGAUGUAGCCCAGCGGAUGCUGGCCACAGGCGAGUGUACUCCUGAGGAUCUCUGUUUCUCCCUGCAGGAAACUGUGUUUGCGAUGCUGGUGGAGAUCACAGAGCGAGCCAUGGCACACUGCGGCUCCCACGAGGCCCUUAUUGUGGGAGGUGUAGGGUGUAACAUGCGGUUACAGGAAAUGAUGGAGACAAUGUGCCAGGAACGCGGAGCCCGGCUUUUUGCCACAGAUGAGAGAUUCUGCAUUGACAACGGAGCCAUGAUAGCCCAGGCUGGCUGGGAGAUGUUUCAGGCUGGACACCGGACCCCUCUCAGUGAAUCUGGGGUCACACAGAGGUAUCGGACAGAUGAAGUAGAAGUGACCUGGAGGGACUAACAAGGUUAAUAGGAUCGGAGUAGGCAGAGCCCUACGUGGAGCCCCUGGGGCCCUGCGCCUUAAUCUUUGUGCUGACACAAGAGUCCUGACAAGGCUGUGGAUUCCCCUCUCCCAUCAUUUGAACCUCAAGAUGACUCAACAAUAAAACAUUUUUUUGGUUUUGUA